GGUGAUGACGUAGUGCCCAGCGCUCGAGCUGCUGUGGGGAAUGUUUACUGGUGGAAAGGAGGAAUACGCCUCGUGAAAACAACAAUAACCGCGGUGAACAGCGCCGAAGAUACGCGGCGAAGACAGCCUGCGCAGUCUGGGUGAAGGAGGAGCGUGUCCAAGUGCGCUGUGUUACUUCCUCGGGCCUUGAGAAGUGCUGUUUAGGCUAGCAGUAGCUAGCCGCACGGCUAACUUACUUAGCUAGUCGGCUUAGUUUGCGUGACUCGUGAGGCGAUGCCGAUGGUUUCUCUCUGACGGUGUGUGUGUCUGCUUUCGGGUCGCUUCGCGAUGAGCGGCGGCAGCUAAUUCCUUCGUCUGUGUGUGUGUGGAAGGAGGAAAGAGCUGUGAGAUCGAACGCAGGACGCCCGGCGGCGGGGGCGACGCAGUGUGUGUACAGUAGUCGAGGACACGGACGGAGAGAGGAGAGCAGGAGGGGAGCAGCACCCAUCGCGACCGCCGCCCGCCCCGAGCGCCGAUGGGGAACUGCCUGAAAUCGCCCACGUCGGACGACAUCUCGCUGCUGCACGAGUCGCAGUCGGACAGGGCGAGUUUCGGGGACGGAGCGGAGCACGAGCGCGAGCGCGAGCCCCCGCCGCCUUACCACGAGCAUGUCCAAGUGCCUGUGUACCACCCCACACCCAGUCAGACACGCCUGGCCACCCAGCUAACAGAGGAGGAGCAGGUGCGCAUUGCACAGAGGAUAGGCCUCAUUCAGCACCUGCCCAAGGGGUUGUACGAUGCCGGCAGGGAUGGCUCGGAAAAGAAGAUUCGUGAGUGCGUGAUCUGCAUGAUGGACUUUGUGUACGGGGAACCCAUCCGGUUCCUGCCCUGCAUGCACAUCUACCAUAUGGACUGCAUUGACGACUGGCUCAUGCGCUCCUUCACCUGUCCGUCCUGCAUGGAGCCCGUAGACGCUGCACUGCUCUCCUCCUACGAGACCAACUGACAGCAGGCCCUGGCCCACCAGACCCCGCCUUCUGAGCACACCCCUCGGUUUGCACGGCAGAGGUGCUAAUGAUUGACUCUGUGGAAGACCGGGAGUUCCACGUAAAAAGCAUUGCAUUGCAUACGUUGUUUACACAGUGACGUGAGAAUAUGGCUUACAGCUGUGAAGGACAAGGAGUGCCUCUGCGUCAGUCCAGAUGUGUGGUUAAUGGUCCCCGAGGUCCCAAAUAUUGUUUAAUGACCAGUAAAAGGGUUGCUUACAUCCACUGUUUAUAGAAGCAGAAAUGCAUGAAGUAGAAAUAUGACAAGCAACAUGAUAAUAGUAGAGGCCAAAGUAAAAAUAAGUCAAUAAAUAUGAAAGCAAAUAUAACAAUUGAUAGAUUUUAAUUUGAAUGUUACUUUUAAAUUGAUUUCUAAUUUGUUGUCAUUUACUGUUUUCUGUAUUAUUGUUUUUGACAUAGUUUUUUCUGUUUGUUUUCAUUUACCGUUUGUUUAAUGGAUAACUUGUUUGCUUUUUACAUGGAACUCUUUGUGAUCCAUACGACUGCCACAAAUCAAACAUUCCCAAAGCUGUCCUCUACGGGGUAGUAGUAGCUUGCUGCCCGCAAUGUGGCAAAAGUCCUUUUCAUUUUCCCAUUGUCCUGUUGCUUUAAAAAAAGAACUGAUUAGUAUAUGUAGUGAAUAACAGACUGAAUGAUCCAUUAGGAUCUGAUAGUUCUGGGAAAAGAACAUCUUCAUCAGAGCACUGUUGUGUCUUUAUUUGCCUCUGUCUCCGUAGAGGGUGGGGUGACAUUGCAGUCAGACUGCAGAAGGGCUCAGUAUUUGCUUUGGCUUACGUGGAGGAGGAAAUAUGCAUUCUUGCUACGAAUGAGAAAUAUUUGCACAAAUAUCAAAUUUAGAAAUUUGCACUUCCGUUCUGGACAUUUAAUUAAACUUAUACAUCUGUAUGAAGAAUUUGUAGUUUAAGAAAUGUAUGCCUGUAACCUUAGAAUUCCUUUUUUUUAUUAUUAGCAACACUGAGUUUUAGACCUCUACUGCUUAUUAUUUCUCCUAAAAUUGUAUAUUGUGUUGGGCCAUAUGGGUAGGAAAUGUAUUAAAACUGCAGAUAAUCCUGCUGAGGCUGCACUUCUGUCAUUAGAAGUGUGCAUCUAUUAAUCAUAACAAAUUAUAUGUUAUAUAGUAAGUUAUUGAUGGGCUUCAUGUUUAUGUGAGCUACACCUUUCUUUUCAGAGGUGUGUGUGUGUGUGUGUGUGUGUGUGUGUGUGUG